UCUCUCGUCGAUGCUUUCAAUACAGGCAAGAAGAAGCUCAACAGGUCCAUGAAGACGGACGUGUAUACAUGAAUACAAGAUAUUUAUCGCCAAAACACUCGGUAUGAUUGUACCAAUAAAAAGGGAUGGUAAAAUUGAAGAGUGGGCAAUUGUUGAAUUACAAGGUGAUUUGAUAUUUCAUUCUCCAGGCGUUACAAAUCAACAUAUUGGAGAUUUACAUCUUUCUAAAUCUGGUACACCUAUACUUAUAAUUGGUAUGCAUGUGUUACAUGGAAAAGAAAUGCCAUUUCCAAAACCAUACGCAGUUUUAGUGAGAAAAAACAGUGAAAAAGAUAACAUUGAACACACGUCUGAAAUAAAAACUGAAUACAUUGUAAAAGCUAUUGUAAAGAAAAGAUUAAUUUUUAAUACAAGGCCAAAAGCUAUCAUAAAGCCUGUUCCGAAACGUACUUAAAUUUAUACGUGUUAUUAUGUUUCGCACAGAAAUUCUAUUUCACUAAUACCUUCAAUCGAACUUGAAAUAUUUUUAUCCAAAUAAUUUCGUGUAAUGUAUAGUGUUAACAAAUAAAUAAAUAAA